AAUCAAAUUGAAAUAGGCUAGUUGUUCCAGUUUAGAUUUAGUAUUUGAAAAAAGAAAACUGAAAAUUGCGUUCUUAUUUGAAAAUGAACCUGCAUGAGAGGAAAAUAUGUAGAAGGAGCGGGUUAUUGCAAAAGCUUGGUGGAGUUGUUGAAUAAAUCCGUUGAGCUUGUUUAAGAUAUGUAACAUUCCUCGGCCCUUGCGUAAAAACAAAUUUGAACUCGCAACCAAUAUUUUAUUAAAACGUUGAAAAAAUCUUGUCUCGACCUCAAGAAUCUAGCAGCUCUAAAACCCUGAUUUUUUUUUGAUCUACUUUUUGCUUAGUGUUAAUGGAUUGAAGCAGCAGCUGCAGGGAGAGUGGUUAUGGGUCAUUUCAUUUUGUAAAAAAUUCUGCUGUAGUAGGGUUUCGUAAUAUUUUUUCUGCAAUCUGUACCCAUUUUCUCUCAUCGCCAUCGUCGACAGGACAACAAAAUUUGUGCAAAAUAUUGAGAAGCAAUGGAGGACGAAGGAGGAAGUAUUGCACGUCGCUCAUCAACCCGUAUUCGCAAAAUUGCACCCAAAAUGGGUGAAGCUCUUUCCAAUGCUGAUAACCGGACACAGGCUAUUCUCGCUCGCCUUGAUGCUUUGGAGAAUGACAAUGCUGCUGUGGAGGUGGUUGACAUUGAUGAUGAUGAGGAUGCAUCUCUUGAUGAAGAAGAGCAAGUUUUUACCCAAAAAAAGCAUUCAAGAAGCUCAAAGCGUAAAACAAGGCAAGCUAAAGCUGUGGAGAAUGCAAAGAAGGCACCACAGACUUUUAUGGAGUUAUUACAAGAGGCAAAUUUGGAAGCUACACCUCCCCACGUACCAACAUAUUUGAGAGCUGCUGUAGGUCCUCCCAGCUCCACAGCUCGGCGGCAUUUCUGCAGUGUUUGUGGCUAUAUAGCUCCUUACAGCUGUGUGCAGUGUUCAUCUCGAUUUUGCUCAGUCCGAUGCCAAAGAAUACAUUCAGAUACACGUUGCUUGAAGUUUGUUGCUUGAUACACAAUUUACAAGUUUUUGAAGUUGCAAUAGGUGAUAUCAGUUCCUGUAAACAAAAAAGCAUGUAGUACAUGUCUCUUAAGAACUGGAAUAAAUAGUAUCUUUUCCAAGGAUCAUUUGCAAUCAAGAGAACCUGAAGACUUGUGCUCCCCAAGAUUAUAUCUAAAAGAUGAAAAGUGCAAAGAUUCUUUUUCCAGCCUGAAGAAAUUCCUAAUUUUUUGUAUGUAGAUUAUACAUUCAGAGUCAUGAUAGAAAAGUGGACAUAUUCUUGUUUAAACAUUUUAGCACUAGGAGCUGCAAGUUUUGGUGUUUUUAGUUUGCAGUUAGAGAUACAGAUGGUGAACAAUAUGUUUGUCAAACAUGUGUAGUGCAUGCUUAUGGAGCAUCAUCUUGCAAUGCCUAUGUAAUCCUUCACUUUGUACUUGUGUGCAAGUCUGUACAUUGAAAUCACUUGUUCUUAUUGUGUAACCCACAUUAUUGAAUAUAAUCUUGAGGUUUAUUAAUUA